UUAGACCUUUUGGGAAAUGCUAUGGAAUCAUUGGCAUUGCUGGGGCAUGCCAACAGACAGUUGUGUAUGUUGCGUAGAGAAUUUAUGAAACCUGAUAUGAAGGGUGAAUAUACUCACCUUUGUAGUCAUAAUUUAAAGUAUACAGACUAUUUGUUUGGUGACGAUGUCCCUAAAACUGUAAAAGACAUCACAGAUUGUUCCAAAAUCAGCAACAAAAUUGGUAUCGGAUAUAGAGGGAGCUUCCGUGGUCGCUUUAUGAGGGGACGAUCACGUGGACGCUUUGUCCGAGGAGCUGCAAGGGGUCGUGGAUCCUACUCGAAUGCUGCAUCCUUCUCAUCUGAUUCAAAAAACUACCAACGAAGAGGCUUGCAGAGUCGCCUCCAGAAGUAGUUGAAAAGCCUCAUUGGACGUGUGGUGAGGAAGAUUUGUCAGGACCAAGCAGAGUGUGUACUGGUGGCUCCAGUGUGGCCAACACAGCCGUGGUUCAAUCGUGUGUUAGAAAAACUGGUGGAUCAUCCGGUGAUUUUACCUGUGAUGGACAAUCUGUUGACACUUCCAGGCACAGAUGUGCAGCAUCCUCUGAAAGACUCGUUAGUGCUGAUGGCAUGUCGAUUGUCCGGUUGCAGUACCAAAAACGAGGAAUUUCUCAUCAAGCAGCCUCGAUCCUUUUGGCAUCAUGGAAGUCGGGAACCAAGAAACAAUAUAAAACAUUUUAUACGAGAUGGUUUCAGUACUGUAGUGAAAAAUCGAUUGAUCCAUUUUGUACAACUAUAGAAACUGUUAUUGAAUUUUUAGCACAUCUUUUUCGCCUAGGUUUAGGGUAUAGUGCUAUUAAUACUGCCCGAGGGGCUUUAUCUUCUGUUGGACUGAUUUUUGAUGGGUUUACUGUUGGAUGUCAUCCACUUGUUAUACGAUUUAUGAAGGGUGUUUUUAAUUUGAGACCAUCAAAAUCUCGAUAUGUACAUACUUGGGAUGCAUCUAUUGUUAUCAAGUAUUUGAGAAAAUUGUCACCUGUAAAAUACUUAAGUUUGAAAGACUUGACACUGAAGUUAGUUAUGUUAAUUAGUUUAAUUUGUGCAAGUCGAGUACAAACUAUUUCAUGCAUGAAACUUGGUAAUAUGACGAGAAGAAAAAAUAGCUUUGUUUUUACUUUUAGUGAUUUAUUGAAAACAUGUAGACCUAACAGUAGUAUGUCUGACAUGGUUUUGAAAUCAUAUCCUCCAGAUAGGAGGCUUUGUGUAUAUAUUGUUUUAUGUGAAUACUUAUCAAGGACUGCAAGAAUUAGAAAUAAGUGUGAUUCACUUUUUAUCAGUUAUGUACAACCACACAAGGAAGUAUCAAGAGAUACUGUUGCCCGUUGGAUAAGAACAGUGAUGUGUUCUGCAGGUGUUGAUACUACUAUUUUUAAGGCUCAUAGUGUUAGAUCUGCAUCAGCAUCUAAAGCAAAAGAGAACUUUGUUCCUGUCGAUGAUAUUUUGUCCAAAGUAGGUUGGUCUAAUGUCGAAACCUUCAGAAAGUUUUAUGACAAACCUGUGCUGAAUGAUGAUAAGUAUGCAAAUGCUGUUCUGAAAUUAAAAUAA